UCAACACUCAUGACUUAUGAAAGCAGACUUGAACAUCUCAAUUUGGUGAAAAAUGAAAUGGCAGAAAUUAACCUCAAUCAAACAUCAAUCAAUUUUACCCAAAAACCAAGAUUAAGCACCCAUCACUUCAGAGCCUACAGGCCAAAUAAUGGCGGCAGAUUCAACAGAGGAGGAAGAAGAGGCAGAUACAGAGGUGGUGGCUUCAACAUCAGUGAAAAACCUGUCUGUCAAGUAUGUGGCAAAAUUGGACACAAGGCAAAUAUCUACAACUUUAGAUAUGAUGAACGCUAUACAGGAAAACCACCAAACCAGGGAAGUAGCUAUAGCUCAUCACCAACAGUCCUUAUGGCAUCUCCCAACACUGUAAGUGACCCUGCCUGGUUUGCAGACACGGGAGCCAGUAACCAUGUCACUGCAGAAAUGGAAAACAUAAAUUCAGCAAGACAAGCAAACGAGGGAAGUAAUGCUACAAGGGAAGCUUAAAGAAGGGUUGUAUCAGCUGGAACUUCAUCAUCUAAACACUGAAC